UAAAUUAAAACAGAAGAAGAAAGUGCGGAAGUCAUCUUCUGUGCUAAUAUGGGCAUAGCUGUAUCUGUUCAUACUGUUUUUAUCGAGUUAAGCUUCUCCUCCUGACAGACGAUGAGCACCACCACGGCAGAAAUGGAGGCUGUUGAAACAGAGGGCGGUCCGGAGGAGCAGGGAGCCGUGGCAGCAGGUCACACAGGGAUUCCAGUGAAGCCAGUUUGGGCUUCGUUAGAAGAAGCAGUUCAGAUUAAAACGGAAGGAAACGCUUUCUACAGAGAGAGGAACAUUCGCUCUGCCAUCGGUCGUUACCAUCGCGCUCUGCUGGUGCUCCGAGGCCUCGACGCUGACUUGAUGGCACCGGUGAAAGGAUUUGCACCCCAGACACCUCCCCUCACGCCUGAACAGGACUCGUUACUGAGAAAAACACAAGUGGACUGCUACAACAAUCUAGCUGCCUGUUUGCUGCAGAAGCAGAAGGUCGAUUACGCUCGUGUGCUGGAGUACAGUUUGCGAGUGCUGCGGUGGCAGCCAGGCAACGUCAAAGCGCUGUAUAGGGCCGGAGUAGCCACUCUGGAGAUCGGAGACGCAGAGUCAGCGAAACAGUACCUGACCCAGGCCUGCAGAGCACAACCUAAUGACACCAGCGUGAAGAGGCACUUGCAGAGGGCGGAGGAGAAGCUAAAUCAGGAGCUGCAGAAGGAGAAAGCCAUGUAUCGAGGCAUGUUUUCCUCCGGCCCGCAGGACGGCAGCGGAGAGGAGGUCAGCCGACCGAACGGAGCAGGUGACCGAGUUUAAACUGACUCGUAAAGACCUCAGCUUCAGAUCGUACAACGUCAGAGAAGCUUUCACACGCGUUGAAUUGCUAAUGUCACUGUCACUUUUACGAGUUUGAAGUGGACGUAGGAAAGUAAAUGUUUGAACUUGGUACAGAUUACUGGAAAGUAGUCAGCAGGACAAUAAAUAUGUUCCUGCUGAAAAUAGAAAGGCGAGCACGGACGAGUCAGUUUCCUAGCAACAUGGAAAUGAAGUCCAGUAAUGUGUGUCUGCGAAGGCUGAAGAGACGCUUGGUGCGCUUUUUCAAACAGCCCUAUAAUUGAAUUAUUCUGUUCAUGGAUGUUAAUUUUUUUUAAUAUACUUCAAGUAAAAAUAUUUUUUAAAUAA